AAACUGUCAAAUGAAGCGUGAGCUGUCAUACUCUGGUCAGGCAGCCAGACGUCCUUGUAUACGUCGUAUUUUGCUUUUUAUGAAUAUAAUUGAUAAAUUGAACGGUGUUUGUGACGGAUCAGUAGAGUUGAACAUUUAGUGCAUCGUUACGACAAAAAUUUAAAAGGUUUUUAGCACGUGUGAUCAAAUGUUGAAAUGAGCCAAGGGCGCGGGAUUUAUGGAGCGGCGCGGUAUAUUGGGGACCGUAAUUCGCAGCACGCCCCUUACGGGCUCUGUAUUUUCUUGGAUUAAUAAUCAAUGGCUAUAUUUGAGAGAAAAUAUACAAAUAAAGUGCUGCUAGAUGACACCGAAAAGCUCAAUAGCGUAAUUGAAAAUGCUAGAAUCAUCGACGGGCACACGGAAUACGUGAUUAGAACACAGCGAGGCCCCUUGCCUGAGAAAUCGUGGCGGGUUAGCAGAAGAUACAAUGACUUUGUGCAGCUUAAUGGGGCCCUGUCCUUGUCAGGGAUUUCCCUGCCACUUCCACCUAAACGUAUUAUUGGAAAUAUGGAGCCAGAUUUUGUAGCUCAACGCCAACUAGCUCUACAGAAUUAUCUCAACGUGGUACUAAUGAAUCCUAUACUAGCAUCGUCGCUGCCUAUGAAAAAGUUUUUGGACCCUGACAACUAUACUGCACCUUUACAUGAGGUCGCAUUACAGCAGGUGUCACUGGCUUUACGUAGCGAUGCAAAUUUUGAAAUUGGAAAAGCGAUACCAGACAUGGGAUGGAGAUUGAGAAAGCAUUACUACACAGUCAAGAACCGUCAGAGUCCAAAGCAGGAGUUAUUGUUAGCAUGGGUAGAAUUUGGACCAGAUAAACACUUGCAAGACAAAGACGUCCAUGGAGUUUUCAAGAGUUUGGGAUCACUUCGUCAUAGCUAUAUAGAGCCAAUAGUCCAUCAACAUGUUACGGAAAAUGGGGCACUUACUGUCAGGAAUUUCUAUCCGGAAGGAACGCUCAGAGAUACACUGUGCAAUGCUAAACCGAAACAACCAUUCAUUAAAAAAUAUGGAAACCCCAAACAAACCAAAUGUUUGACGGCACAGGAAAUAGCUGUAUAUGGUUUCCAGAUCUUAGAUGCACUGGCCUUCUUGCAUGAAAAAGGAUUACCUUACGGCCAUCUCCACACUGGAAAUGUUAUCUUAACACCCACAGGAGCCAAACUACUCGAUGUGGAAAAUGGGCUUCUGGGUUUACCGGCAUUCUACAGACCGUAUGUGGUUCAAAGAAGGAAGUUAUAUGCCACGGCUCAAGUCGACAUAUAUUCCUUUGGGCAUGUAGUUUACGAAAUGGCAUUUGGACAUCCUCUACUCGAAGCUACUUGCUCAGAUCUUCCACAAUGUGAUCCAAAUUUGAAAAAUCUUCUGGAACUAAUUUUGUCUCCUGAAGCACUGAAGCAGGAUUUACCUAGUGUCACGCAUUUGCUGGACCACCCAUUUUUCGAAAAAUCAAAAUGCCGAGGUCUUAUCUCUUUGGAAAGGCCACAUUUCAAGCUGAGCAGUCAUUUAAAGGAUGCUUUAACGGGGGCAAUCAGUAAAGCUGAACUACGAUUGCGGGACGAGCAAAAAGUCGCACGCCAUCAGAAGCGAUUGGUCAAAGUCCAGGAAAUGAUGAGCUCUGAGGAAGAGAUGAAAAAACGCAAGCAGAAAUUGAAAAAAGAACAAAAAUUAGCACAGGAGCAACGUUCCACAAAUCAAUUAGCAGCUAAUGGUACAAAACAAAUAAACGGAAAGAGUCCUGAACGAUCUGAUAGCCCUACCAGUACCUCAACAGCGACAAGCGUUGGAACAUUAACUCCCCCUUCACACAGUUCGGUGGAAACUCACAAUGGGCAUACAUCAGGGAAAAGUGUUGCAGCCCCGCCACCACCGCCAAUGCCAUCCCUAUCUCCUGCCAUCGAAACUCCGAUAGAACGCUCGGCACUACUAGGCAGUAUCUGUGCUUUCAAUAAAGGCAACCUGCGCAAGGUAGCUAAUGGAAAUCUCUGAAGAUAAUACAUGAAAUACAGAGUUUCUAGAGGUUUGUGAAGCUCAAUUUGUUCGAAAGUUUUUGUUUAUCCAAAAGAUCAAAAUUUCUUUUAUAACUGCAAUCAUGUGCGUAUUUAAUCCGACGCUGAUUUAAAAUUUAAUUUAUACUUCAACGUCCAGUUAUUUUUUGUUUCGAUUAUUACGUAGUCCAGAAGCAAGUGCCAAUGUUUAUCUUCGCGAUUUAUUUGUUAUUGAAAAAGAACAGAACACCAAGAAAAAUGGACUGUAGUAUUUUUAGAGGUAAAGAAUGCAGUUUUGUAAUUGAUUAUGCCAAUUUUAUUGUGUCACAAAAUUCAUGAAGUUCUUCUUUCUAGUUUUUUUCACUCCUAGUUAAACGGGGCGGGGGGAGGGGAGGGGGGCAAUGUCCGGAGAUGCAAGAGAUAUCAAUAAAAUGCCAAGGUAUUAUUAGUACAUAUUUUGGGAAAAUGAUAUACAAGGAGAUUAGAACAAGAAUUGAUAUAAUGAAUGUUUUGUUUUGAAUUGUUUACGUGUAGUGAGAACUGUAAAUCGUUGCUGAGUAUCAUGUUAAAUUCUACCGAAUGAUUUGUAUAUAGUUGAUACUAUCCGUAUCCGACUUUAAAUGUAAUAUAUUUAAUUAUUGACUACCCAGAUUACCGGGACCGAGUUUUAAUAAGAUACGCGAUAGACAUUAAAAUGUCACAAUGCUAACUUGUUGGCAUGAUUUAGAAUUUAGACAAAGCUUAGAGUACAUGUUGACCAAUAUUUCACUGCUAGACAAAAACUAAAAAGAUAAUUUGAUAUGAUAAAAACUACAAUCUGGCUAUAAUGUUUGAGAGCAUAUGAAUUUUUGUAAAUAUAACCGUACCGUUUCGACGGUGCUAUGGAGUCAGUUUUCGUCUCCGGCUUUAGGGUGCGUGUAAAAUGUGACAUGAUCUUAUUCAAAUAUCUAAAAAGCAUGGCUGGAAUGUCUGUAGAUUGCUUGAACUUGCGGUAAUUCAUCUUCCAGUUUACUUCCCAAAACGCAAAAAGGUUGCUCUGAGAAAAACAAUAAAUUAUAAAUCAAUUACGCAUACAGUUUGACUUUUGUUCAAAUAAACUAUGAAACCAAUGUUACCUACGUAAUUAUUAACAUAAUAAUAUAUACCUAUAUUAGAAAUGUCAAAUAAUUAUCAAUCAUGAAACUGGAAAUACCAUUUUCGCGUUUCAUUAUUUAAUUAUCAUCAUUCAAAUCCCAAAAGGUCGUUUUCAUCAGAUCACUGAUUUUACCGUUUACUUUGACAAGUUUUUUUCUUGUUUACUGUUUAUUUUUUUACAUUGCUGCAUGAUGAAUAGAGAUAUAAAAAUUUCAAUGAUAACUAAAAAAGCCACGCACGUUUCAACGCACGAACAUUGGUUUUGAACAAUUUAUUUAUCAAUAUAUCGGUCGGAAUGACGGAAAGAGUAUAUACGUACAAUAUAGACGAAGAAUAAAUAUGGAAUGGACUAUAAAUAAAUGUGUUAAUAAAUUUUUAUAAAUAUUCAUUCAUACUUUGAUAUGUUUAUUUGAAAUUAUCUUUGCGACUGAAAUAUUUAGGGCGAAUCGGUGAGUCUUUGUUUUAUCUAUGGUUACUUGUUAUUUAGCUCGUUAAAAACGAACUGGUAGCUUUAUACUCAGGUUUUUCCUUUGUUUGAUUAAAGCAUAUUGUUGGAGUUUUUUGUUCUGUCUAUUCAAAGUCUAUUUUCGAUCUUGCAUGAUAGCUUAUAGCUAAAGUUCAAGCACUAGGUGUUGAUAUUUUUCUUAUAUUUUUUACAUUCGUAUGUAUAAAUAUUCUGUUUUAUUUAAAUCGAUGCUAAUGGAAGGAAUUUUCAAUCUAUCAAAGAAAAAUAAAAACACUCAAUUCAAUUAGAUUUGUGCAUCUAUCAUAGAAUCGUAGUCUAUAAUCAGCACAGCUGUAGAACAGCACUUCCGAUCAAAAUGCACCGCUAUAUCUCAUAAUUUCAUUAAUCGAUGGAUAAAAAAAAGUAUAUCUAUAUAUAUGUACACAUAUUUCAAUGCUGGACAUACUUAUAAUCACGGUGACUGAUUUUAAACCAAAAAAAAAAAAAUGAAGAGAAUGGAGUUUUUUUAUUGGACAAUCUCACGAUCUAUUGUAUUCUAAUACUGAAUUCUGAAGAGUAGUUGAUGAAUGUCUCCAUCACUGUUCACCUGUAUGUUUCACCGAACCAACACCUGUAUUUGUAAUAAUAUGUAUAACAGUGUCUAUUUCUAAAUUGCAGUAAAAAUCUAUGUGCUGUAUAACUUAUUUGUGAAUAUUAACAAAUGUAUAAUAUAACAAUUGAUUCCUAAAAA